CUUCUGCCUCACAGCUCCAACAAACUGGGUUCAAUCCUGGCAUCCAGUGCCGCCUUUGUGGAGUUUUCCCUGUGGCCAUGUGGAUUUUCCCUGGGGUGCUCUGGUUUCCUCCCAUCCCAAAUGCAUGCAAUUUGGUAGGUUAGUUGGCCACUGUAAAUUGGCCUUACUGUGUUGGUUGGUGCCAGAAUUUGGAGGUAGUUGAUGGGACUAUGGGGAGAAUAGGAUAUAUUGAAAGCAAUUAGAGGGGAAUAGGGUUGCUGUGUGCUAGCUUAGACUCAUUGGGCUGACUGGCCUCCUCUUAUUGUAACACAAUGUGAAUGAUAAGUUCACCCUGUCAUUGAGCAGUAAGUUUUCAAAUGUUUCAAUCCAGGGGAGCAGGGAGGAUCCCUGGCACAAUAUCAAUAGUCUAGGAUCUUUUCAAAAUAAAUUUUCAGCCACUCAAAUGGAAACAUUACAAAAAAUGUUUUGGUAAAAAUUUGCAUAUUGACAUGGCAACCAGUCCCUAGUUUAAAAUUUCUCUCAAUCCUAUGAUUGGAUCAAAUGGCCAAAGAAGAAAUUGCUUUUUUGAUUUGCAGGAGCUGUGCCUGGAUGAUUUUUAAUGGCCUCUGAAUUUGGGCAAAAAUUAGACUAGCAGACCAUUUGAAAACCUAUGAUUGUAAUGGUUAACCACAUUUUAAAACUUAGGCAGUUGAUGGAAUUCUUUUUUUUAAAAAGAAAAUGAACAAAAAGUGAUUUUGUGUUUCCCACUGUUUGAUCCAUGAUUGACUUUGCAGUUACAUAUCCCCAUUAUUUUUCUACAUCUUUGCCUAAAAAGUCUAAUUAAGGUUUGGGUAUUUUGCUCAGAAGAGAAAGCCGCUCGCCCAUCUGGUAAGUGCAUUGGCUGCCAGAUGUGUGUCAUUACCCUUUAAGCUUCUAAAUUAGUAGAGCAUCAUUGGCAGAAAUGAUUUAAGUUUUAAAAAAAAGUUAAAUGAAAGCUAACAAGACUAUAAGUAGCCUAAUGCUAUAUAAUAAUGGUAAAUCAAGAUUCCAAACAACUAUGGGCCAAAUGAAACAUUUCCGGUAUUUGACUUAAUUUUUGUCUUUUUUUGAUGUAUCCUUUUCUGUUGUGAAAGACUAAUUAAUCUAACAUUUCUUGGGAAUUGAUCCAGACCCUACCUUCUCUCCUUACCCUACUCCCUUUCUAAACUGAUGUUUAGUUGAACAGAAUGUUUUUGACCCAGAAAAGCAUAAUUUUCUGGAUCUUUGAACAUACUGCAUUCAAACUUAAAUGACAGGUUCAGGUGGCAUAUGAUUAAAUCACAUGGUAACUGCUCUUUUAAGAUUGAAUUAUUUUGGUUUACAGCCUGCAACUGCUUUAAAUUCAAACUUAUUAAAGUGUUUGUUAGUUAUGCCACCAUUCUUAAUGGUUAUGAAUAAUUUAAAUACCCACACAUAUGAAAACGUCUUUAAUUGACUACUUUUGAAAUCAAAAAUGCAGUUCUUUGACAUUAACAUGUAAAGUCUGCAAAAUUCAGAAUUUUGUCAAAAAUGGAAAAAGCUGGAAAUAUGCAGUAUCUGGAGAGAAACAGUGUACUGUUUCUGGUCAAUUGCUGUUUAUCAGGUUGUGUAAUCUUGGACAAUUCUGCAAAAGCUAAUGUUGGAAAAAAGCAGCAGCGUGAUUAUUUGCUUGACAAUUUGCAGCUUUGCAAUUUUUUUUACCCUUGCAUGUCUAAGGUUCUCAGUCUGUUAGUGUGAGCUGUCAUGUCCAGAUUGGGGUGUGUUUGUAUCCUAAAAACUGUUUAUGCUUGUUUAAUGAACUCUAGCCUCCAAUUUUCCACAAAGAACUCUGUAAUGUAAUGAAUAGUUAUUUUGUAGAGAAGGUAGAUUAAACUUGCAGGAUGUGUUUCUGUUUCCUUGAACAUGGAUAUGGACAUAACAUGCAGAAAGAUAUUCAGGGUGCCAAUAAUGAACUUUGCUUUAAUGUAGGUUUGUCACUUCUACAUAUAAUGCUUGUGUAAGCAUUUGCUAGUUUGGAAUGUACGUAGCUGAAACCUGUUUGUAUCAGAAUGGUGCUUAAAGUACAAUUUAUUUAUUGUAAGCAGGGAAAAACAGCAUGUGACUUACCAUAAACCCUGUUUGAGUAAUCCUGUGCUCUGUAAAGUACCAGAUUUGUGGUACUCUUUGUUCAAGUAACUAGGGAGUUUGUGUUCCAGAUUUUAAAUCCUUUCACUGGUUGAUCCGUUUAACCCUUCAGCAAUCAGAAUUACGGCAAACUAUUGUAUGAAGACGAGUCUUUGCCUCCAAAUUUACAAUUGAAUAGAUAUAAACAAAAUCUUUCAGACUCUAUUUGAAUCCUAAGGGGUUUCUAAUUGCUGUAAUGGAAGAUCCUCUGGAAAACCCCAUCAAUUCCUCCACAGGUUCUACUGAAAUGGAACCCAAAUCUGUCUUUUCCCAGAUGGAGCAUAACAUUGUUGCAGCAUACUUGAUAACAGCAGGAAUAUUAAGUCUGCUCAGCAACAUAGUAGUAUUAAUUAUGUUUGUUAAGUUCAAGGAGUUCCGCACAGCAACCAAUGCAAUCAUUGUGAACCUGGCUUUCACUGACAUUGGGGUGAGUGCCAUUGGCUACCCCAUGUCAGCUGCUUCAGACCUGCAUGGUAGCUGGAAAUUUGGUUAUUUGGGAUGUCAGGCAUAUGCAGCUCUAAAUAUCUUUUUUGGGAUGGCAAGCAUUGGAUUGCUUACAGUGGUUGCUAUUGACCGGUACUUGACCAUUAGUAAGCCUGAACUAGGAAGGAAGAUGACUGGUGCUACCUACACAGCUCUCAUCACAGUUGCCUGGGUGAAUGGCCUCUUCUGGGCUCUCAUGCCAGUGGUGGGAUGGGCAAGCUAUGGACCUGAUCCAACAGGAGCCACAUGUACCAUUAACUGGAGAAACAAUGACUCGCUAUUUGUUUCCUAUACUAUGACUGUAAUUGCAGUUAAUUUUGUGGUGCCACUAUCGAUCAUGUUCUUCUGUUACUACAAUGUGUCAAAGACAAUGAAACGACUUACACAACACAAUGGCCUGGAAAAUGUAACCUUGGAUUGGUCUGAUCAACUAGACGUUACAAAGAUGUCUGUCGUGAUGAUUAUCAUGUUCCUUGUGGCUUGGUCUCCUUACUCUAUUGUCUGCUUAUGGUCGUCCUUUGGAAAUCCAAAACUCAUCCCACCUGCAAUGGCGAUUAUUGCUCCACUUUUUGCCAAGUCUUCCACUUUCUACAAUCCCUGCAUUUACGUCAUUGCAAAUAAGAAAUUUCGAAGAGCCAUCAUUGCAAUGAUACGCUGUCAGACUCAACAGGAUUUAACCAUCAGUCACACUUUACCAAUGACCACUUCCCGAAUUCCUUUAGCAGAAUGAAACCCUUUACAUUUAAAUAUGCUCCAAAAUGUGCGCCAUUGUGCUGUGAUAUAUAGUUCCACCAUCCUCCUCCUCAUCUGUUAGACUUUUAUUUUA